AUGCGAAGCCACCAAUCCCCGCGUUGCCACCGCCCCUCUGCUCCCUGGCCCCUCCUUCCGCGCGCUUCUUCCGGGCCGGCUGGAGCGGGGGGCAAGGCCAUGGCUCUCUGGGCGCUGCUCAGCCCUGGGGUGCUGGUGCGGACUGGGCACACCGUGCUGACCUGGGGAAUCACGCUGGUGCUCUUCCUGCACGACACCGCUACUUCCCGUCCUGUCCCCUCUUGCUGUGGGCCUCACUGUCCUCUGGCCUCUCCAGAGCUCCGUCAAUGGGAAGAGCAAGGGGAGCUGUUCCUGCCCCUCACCUUCCUGCUCCUGGUUCUGGGCUCCCUGCUGCUCUAUCUGGCUGUGUCACUCAUGGACCCGGGCUAUGUGACUACGCAUCCCCAACCUCAGGAGGAACCGAAGGAGGAACAGACAGCCAUGGUUCCUCAGGCUAUCCCACUUCGACGUUGCAGAUACUGCCUGGUGCUGCAGCCCCUGCGAGCCCGACACUGCCGUGACUGCCGCCGCUGUGUUCGCCGUUAUGACCACCACUGUCCCUGGAUGGAGAACUGUGUGGGUGAACGCAACCACCCGCUCUUCGUGGCCUACCUAGCACUGCAGCUGGUGGUUCUCCUCUGGGGCCUGUACCUGGCGUGGUCGGGUCUCCGGUUCUUCCAGCCCUGGGGGCUGUGGCUCCGGUCUACCGGGCUCCUGUUUACCACCUUCCUGCUGCUUUCCUUCUGCUCACUGGUGGUCGGCCUGCUCCUGGCCUCACACCUCUACCUGGUGGCCAGCAAUACUACUACCUGGGAAUUCAUGUCUUCACACCGAAUUGCCUACCUCCGCCAGCGCUCCGGCAACCCCUUUGACCGAGGUCUGACUCGAAACCUGGCCCACUUCUUCUGUGGGUGGCCCUCUGGGCCCUGGGAGACCCUCUGGGCUGAAGAGGAGGAGGAAGGCAGCAGCCAGGCUGUCUAGGCUUGCUGAAGAGAAGGCUGCCAUUGUGCCUAAAAACUGGAGGCUGUGCCACUAGGGGUCAGCCCAGUUAGCCUGAGCUCUUUGCCCCUUCCCAGGCUACCAGCCCUCAGCAGAGCAUCAGACAGAACCCCACACACAAGGAAGAUGGAAGAAAAGGACAUAAGCGGGGGGAAGUGGGGAGGGCGCGACACAAAGAGAACCCAGACUCUGCCACGACCCCUGGCCUGGCUACCUCGAAUGUACAGUUUUAUUAAUUUAAUCCUCUAUAAAGGCAAGUAUUAAAGACAAACCGUCCUGCU